AUGAAGUCAAGUGAUUCACCAUCAAGUUAUUAUACUGCUGCAACAUCAUCAUCAUCAAGACCUGCAUCUACAACCAAAUAUAUACCAUCAAUAUCUCCACUCACGACCAAAGAUGAUGUGGUUAUGGAUUGUUUUUACAAAGAUAUCCUACACAUGAUGGACCGAAUAACUCACUGUCCACCCUAUUCCGACCUACAAAUCCUCCCUAUUCUCGGAAUGGGAGGCAUUGGUAAGUCCACACUUGCUAGACUUAUUUAUGAUGAUCCACUGGUCAAGCACCAAUAUGAUAUUCAAGCUUGGGUCACAGUAUCACAAGAUUAUAGUAUACCAAGUAUUCUCUUACAGUUACUAGCUUCGCUCAAUGGAAAAGUGCAUCGAGUUGGAAGGGAAUCAUUGAUAGCAAUCGCAGCACAGAAGCUUGAAAUUUACAAAAUUUUAUCAGGUAGGAGGUAUUUCAUAGUAAUAGACGACAUUUGGAGUGUGAAAGCUUGGAAUCGCAUACAGUGGCUAUUUCCCGACAAUCGUAAUACAAGCCGGAUCAUAUUAACCACAAGGCUAAUGGAUGUGGCUACUAAUGCCGCCAUUUCGCGCAACAUUCUUAUGAUGCGUUUCUUGGAUGAUGUACAAAGUUGGCUUUUGUUCCACCACAAGGUUUUUGGAGAUCAAGAUUGUCCUCAUGAACUACGUGGUAUUGGGGGAAAAAUUGUAAACCAAUGUGGAGGAUUGCCCCUCUCAAUUGUUACUGUGGCUGGACUUUUAUCCAGGAUUCCUACAACUCCAAAAAAGUGGCAGCAAAUUGAAGUAAAUGAUGGGCAGUUGGGAUCAAUAUUAUCUUCGAGUUACAACCACUUGUCUCCACAUUUGAGGGAGUGUUUCUUGUAUAUGGCAGGCUUCCCUCAAGAUUACGAGAUUCAUGCCUCUGAACUCAUCAAACUUUGGGUUGCUGAGGGCUUUCUGGAACCUCGAUAUAGAUAUGAAACCAUAGAAGUGGAGGCAGAGAGGUGCUUGAUGGAUCUGACCAGGCAAAGUUUAGUUUUGGUCACUAGCCGGAAAAGUGAUGGCAAAAUCAAAAGUUGCAGGCUGCAUAGUAUGGUGCGGGACUUCUGUGUGAGACAGGCCGGGGAAGAGAAGUUCCUUCUUCCUGUUAUGGACUACCUCCCUACUCCUAUCUUAAGAAAACAUUUUCUUCCACAAGUCCUCACCGUGUAA